AUGCAGAGCCUGUUACCAUCCUGUUUGGCCAGCUACCAACAACUAACCAAAAUCAACUGCAAAGUAUCUAUUGCCAAAGACUGCUUACCGGAAUCUUCGGCCGGAGGCGUGGAGCUAUCCAGUCGUGAUGGACGAAUUAAGGUGAUCAAUACGCUGGAGAGUCGUUUGGAUCAAAUCAGUGAGCAAAUGAUGCCACAAUUGCGCGAGAUUUUGUUCGGUGUGAAUGACAACAGAAAGUUCCGUGACUAA